AUGUCAUCUAUUGAAAUUGUUUGUACAAAAUGUGAUCAACAAUUUAAUAACAAUUGUACAGAUCGUUCAUAUAUUUUACGUACUCAAAAAAUAAUAUCUCAAACAAUGAUACAACAACCAUUUCGUUUAUCAAAUAUUUUACCAUUUUUUAGUUUAUUUCGUGAUAAAAAUUUAAAUUAUUUAGUUAUAAUUAAAUAUUUUCAAACAUUAAUUAAUCAUGAACCAUCAUUUUUAAGACCAAUAAAUGAUAAUGAUUUAGAUCUUAUUGAAUUAAAAACAAUUUAUACAAAUUAUUUUGAAAAACUUUCAUUUGAUGAUAGUGAACGUAUAUCUUUAAUUUAUUUAAUGCCCUAUUUAAUUAAUUCAUCAUCAUAUAAUAAUUAUGAUAAUACAUCGGAUUUAAUUGAUAAAAUUAUUUUAAAUUCAUUAAUAUCUAUAACAAAUAAAGCACAAAAAGAUGUUUAUGAACAAGAAAUUGGUAGAAUGGUUAGUAUAUGUGGUCAAAUAGCUCGACGAACAUGUAAUGAAGAAAUAUUUUCAUAUUGUUUAUUUGUUUUAAUUAAUUCACAAUCUACAACAUUUGAUAGUUUAGCACAAAGUCAAUUAAUACAUAUAGCCAAAGAUGAAUAUUAUACACAACGACAAAAAAAACAAUUACAUUCUUAUCUUGAUGAAAAUCGUCAAUUUAUGAAUGAAAAAAUUGAUUUAACAUCUAUUAUUCAUAAUCAUAGUGAAAGUAUUUUUUGUUUAAUAACAAAAACAUUAUUAAUUAAUAGUCAACAAUCAUCUGAAUUAUGUCUUAAACAUUUACGUUUAUUAUCAAUUUUAAUUCAAGAUACAAAUACAAGUUCACAAAAUAAUACAAAUAAUUUUUUAUUAUUUUUACAACGUUUUUUACCAAAAUUAUUACCAUGGAUUAUAGAAGAUCGAAGUAAAAAUGCAUCAAAAGUAUUAGGAUAUUUAAAAGCAGAAUUAAAUGAACGAAAAAGAAGUUUAGUAUUAGAUUAUUUUCCUCAUAUUUAUGUUCAUUUAUGGCGUCAUGUUCAACUUGAUAAUAAUAAAUUAACAACUAAAACAACAAUGUAUAAUAUUGAACGGGUUUAUGAAGUAAUGGAUUUUAUUGAAAGUGAAACAGCAUAUGAUCGUGGAACUAUUUUUCGUUAUAAUGGACAACCAUUAUUUAAUAAAUUAGUUCAAUAUAUUAGUGAAGAAACUGAACAAAUUUUAAAAGGUUUACAAAUGGCUAUAGGAAUAUUACAAGAUAUUGUUAUAGUAAAUAAUGAUGAUUAUUAUCGUUUAGUAACAAUUGAUGAUGUAUUUAAAUUUUUACAAACAAAAUUAUUAGGAAUAUUAUGUGAUUUUGAAACAGAACUAUUAUCAAAUUUAACAUCAAUAAAUGUUAAAAGAAGAAUAUUAAAUAGUUUAGAAGAAAUAUUAAAACAUAUGGGUAUGUAA